UAACGAAACGGUUAAGUACCUGCCAACGUCAUGAGUUCCAAAUCAUAUUUCGAAGAACCUGGAGAUGAAGGUGGCAAAUUGUCAAAGAAGGCCAAGGAUUCACCAUUCAUGGUUGUGGGUUUGGCUGGUUUUGUUGCCGCUGGUCUUAUUGGUGCCUACAAAUAUAAACAUCGUGGAACGAUGAGCACGAGUGUAUUUCUAAUGCAAUUGCGUGUGGCGGCCCAAGGAACAGUCGUUGGAUGUCUGACAUUAGGUCUAGCAUACACCAUGUACAACCAAUACGUUGUACAGAAACCUAAAGAAGAUACUAAAUUAUCCAGUUGAAAUAGUUUGCCAAAUUUGUGUUUAGCUUUAGAAAAUUGUUUAACUUAACAUCAACACAAAACUCAUAAAAUUG